CAACGUUCCAUUUUUUUUCAAACGGCUACUUUUUGCGCUCUCUCUACACUACACUCUCUUUCUGAAAGCUCUCCCCCCCCUUCUAUCUCUUCCCUUUCUCUAUUUCAAAUCACGCGCUCUAGUUCUUCCAAGGGUUUCAUCAAACCCUUAAAUCUUUUCACAAUUCUCUCCACGAAUCUCGAUAUCUUCGUCGUUGGGUAGUUGAUUCGCAGAUAGCAAAGUCAUAUUUUCUUGCCACAACAAAAUCCCAUUUAUUCUUCGGAUAGGUAACACAGCCUCCAGAUUAGAAAAUCGACAGAAGCCCUAAUUUAUUGCUCCAUCAGCCUUUUUUGCAGGAAAUAAUUGUUUCAGCAUGUCUAAUCUCCAAACUGAUCAACUUCUGCAAAUGGAAACAACUUGUGGAUCUCUACUAUAUGAACUUCAGAUCAUAUGGAAUGAAGUUGGAGAGUCUGAUGCUGAAAGGGAUAAAAUGCUGCUCGAGUUGGAACAAGAGUGUCUAGAGGUAUACCGGAGAAAGGUAGAUCAGGCAAACCGGUGCAGAGCACAGCUACGGCAAGCAAUUGCCGAUUCUGAGGCAGAACUUGCAACCAUUUGCUCAGCAAUGGGUGAGCGACCAGUGCAUAUCCGGCAGUGUGAUCAGAGUGCUGUGAGCUUAAAGGAAGAGCUUAAAGCCAUUAUUCCACAACUGGAAGAGAUGCAGAAAAGGAAAUGUGAUAGAAAGAAUCAAUUUCUUGAAGUUCUUGAACAUAUACAGAAAAUCUCAAAUGAGAUUGGCAGAUCAACUGAUAAUCCAUCCAAAGUAGUUGUUGAUGAAACUGAUUUGUCAUUGAGAAAACUUGAAGAGUUGCACCAACAGUUGCAUGCUCUUCAAAAAGAAAAGAGUGAUCGCCUGAAACAGGUCCUUGAUCACCUAAAUACUCUAAACUCACUCUGCUUGGUGCUUGGCAUGGAUUUCAAGCAAACGAUUAAUGAGGUUCACCCCAGUUUAGAUGAUUCUGAAGGAACAAAGAACAUAAGUAAUGAUACAAUAGAAAGGCUGGCCUCUGCAAUACAAAGGCUAAGGAAGGUCAAGAUUGAGAGGAUGCAGAAGUUGCAAGAUCUUGCCACUACCAUGUUGGAGUUGUGGAAUUUGAUGGAUACACCAAUAGAAGAGCAGCAGAUUUUUCAGAAUGUGACCUGUAAUAUAGCUGCUUCAGAACAUGAAAUAACUGAGCAAAAUACUCUUUCUGUGGAAUUCAUUAAUUAUGUUGAGGAGGAAGUUUCUAGGCUUGAAGAUUUGAAAGCUAGCAAGAUGAAAGAACUUGUCCUGAAGAAGAGAUCAGAGUUGGAGGAAAUUUGCAGGCGGACACACCUGGUGGCAGAGGCUGAUGGUGCAAUGGAAUAUGCAAUUGAAGCUAUCGAGUCUGGAGCUGUAGACCCUGCUAGCAUUCUGGAACAGAUCGAACUGCAAAUUGCAAGGGUCAAAGAGGAAGCAUUUAGCAGGAAAGAGAUACUGGAGAAGGUUGAGAAAUGGUUGACUGCAUGUGAAGAAGAGAGCUGGCUUGAGGAAUAUAACAGGGAUGACAACCGUUACAAUGCUGGAAGAGGUGCACAUCUUACAUUGAAGCGAGCUGAGAAAGCUCGUGCUAUAGUAAACAAACUUCCUGCAAUGGUGGAUGCUUUGGUAUCAAAAGUCACAGCAUGGGAGAGAGAAAGAGGCAUUGAGUUUGCAUAUGAUGGUGUUCGGCUUCUAUCUAUGCUUGAAGAAUAUAAUAUUUUAAGGCAAGAGAAAGAACAAGAACGCAAAAGGCAGCGGGAUCAGAAGAAACUCCAAGGACAACUAAUUGCAGAGCAGGAGGCACUGUUUGGGUCAAAGCCAAGCCCAAUGAAGCUCCAGAGUGGAAAAAAAGGUCCUAGAAUGUCAACAGGAGGUGCAAGUAGUAGAAGACUCUCACUGGGUGGAGCAAUGUUGCAAACUCCUAAACCCGAUCUAUCUCAUUCUACAAAGGCUACUCCACGCCUACGCCCAAACAAGAAGUCUGACUUGCUAAGCCACAAUCAGGAUGAUAGUUUUGCAGCUUUAUCUGCAGGCAGAAGAGGCUUGGAUGUUGCUGGUCUGCCAGUAAAGAAACACUCCUUCAAUGCCAGUGAAAUUGAAUCACCCAUGAAGCGAAAGCCCUUCUCUCCUGUCUCUUCUGCAAUGUUGUCCAAGGUCAAUAACACAACAAACUUCCUGGAAGAUCUGAACAAGGUACAUGGUGGGACUUUGCAGAAAACACUCCCAAGCAACAAUACACCAUUGACUACACCUUCCAAGUUGUCUACUGUUACUGAUGAUGAUGAGAACAGGACCCCCAAGGGGAUGCCAAUUCAUAUGCCCAGUACUCCUUCAACCAUUUCUGUACACAUGCAGACGGCCACCACACCAGCCCCUGCCACCAGGCCCACCACCACUGCCACCGUCCUUUUUGGUGCUAAAACAAUUGAAGAGGAGUAUGAAGAAGAAGUCGAGUACUCGUUCGAGGAGCGAAGAGCUGGUUUUGUUCUUCCCAAAACGCUCAUUAAAACAAUAGUACAAGCUUGAAAUCAAAUGUAGGCAUCUUUGAUGCACCUACUGGUUUUAGAUUUCAUUUGGUUUUAGAUUUCAUUUGUGGAUUUGAAAAAAGUCAAUUGUAAUUGGCUUGUGCGUUUGUGUACAUAGUCUACGAACUCUAUUUGUGGACAAGGAUAGAAUUUCAGAUAUAAGCUUGGCUAUCACUUCACUUUUUAGCAA